AUGAAGGCUCCCAGCAUCUUGGUCCUGAUUGGAUGCCUCGUCAUAGUUACUGAACCCAAAAUCUACACCCGCUGUAAACUAGCAAAAAUAUUUUCAAGAGCUGGCCUGGACAACUACCGGGGAUUUAGCCUUGGAAACUGGAUCUGCAUGGCUUACUACGAGAGCCGCUACAACACCACAGCCCAGACCGUCCUGGAGGAUGGCAGCACUGACUAUGGCAUUUUUCAGAUUAACAGUUUCACGUGGUGCAGACAUGCAAAGCUACAGGAGAAGAAUCACUGCCAUGUUGCCUGUUCAGCCUUGAUCACUGAUGACCUCACAGAUGCAAUUAUCUGUGCCAAGAAAAUUGUUAAAGAGACAGAAGGGAUGAACUAUUGGCAAGGCUGGAAGAACCACUGUGAGGGGAGAGACCUGUCUGAGUGGAAAAAGGGAUGUGAAGUUUCUCUGAACUGA